AUGUCUCUGUCCAGCAAGCUCUCCAUCACCGACGUUGACGUCAAGGGCAAGAGGGUCCUGAUCCGAGUCGACUUCAACGUCCCCCUCGACGCCGAGUCCAACGUCACCAACAACCAGCGCAUCGUCGGUGCCCUACCCACCAUCAAGUAUGCCCUUGACAACGGCGCCAAGGCCGUCAUCUUGAUGUCCCACCUCGGCCGUCCCAACGGUGCCCCCAACCCCAAGUACACCCUCCGCCCCGUCGUCGGCGAGCUCGAGAAGCUGCUCGGCAAGUCCGUCACCUUUGCUCCCGAUUCCGUCGGCCCCGAGGUCGAGGCCCUUGUCAACGGCGCUGAGGGGGGUGCCGUCAUCCUCCUCGAGAACCUCCGCUUCCACAUUGAGGAGGAGGGCAGCUCCAAGGACAAGGAGGGCAACAAGACCAAGGCCGACAAGGCCCAGGUUGAGCUCUUCCGCCAGGGUCUGACCGCUCUUGGUGAUGUCUACGUCAACGACGCUUUCGGCACUGCCCACCGUGCCCACUCCUCCAUGGUCGGUGUUAACCUCCCCCAGAAGGCUGCUGGCUUCCUCAUGAAGAAGGAGCUCGACUACUUCGCCAAGGUCAUCGAGGCUCCUGAGCGUCCCUUCCUUGCCAUCCUCGGCGGUGCCAAGGUCUCCGACAAGAUCCAGCUCAUCGACAACCUGCUGGACAAGGUCAACACCCUCAUCAUCUGCGGUGGCAUGGCCUUUACCUUCAAGAAGACCCUUGAGAACGUCUCCAUCGGUGGCUCCCUCUUCGAUGAGGCCGGCUCCAAGAUUGUCGGCGACCUCGUCAAGAAGGCCGAGGCCAAGGGUGUCAAGAUUGUCCUGCCCGUCGACUACAUCACCGCCAACAAGUUUGCCCCUGAUGCCGAGACCGGCUACGCCACCGACGCUGACGGUAUCCCCGACGGCUGGAUGGGCCUGGACUGCGGCGAGAAGAGUGUUGUUCUUUACGAGGAGGCCAUUGCCGAUGCCAAGACCAUCCUCUGGAACGGCCCCGCCGGUGUCUUCGAGUUCGACGCCUUCGCCAAGGGCACCAAGGCCACCCUCGACGCCGUUGUCGACGGCUGCCAGAACAAGGGCAAGAUUGUCAUCAUCGGCGGUGGUGACACUGCUACCGUCGCCAAGAAGUACGAGGCCGAGGACAAGCUCAGUCACGUCUCGACCGGUGGUGGUGCUUCCCUGGAGCUCCUUGAGGGCAAGGAGCUGCCCGGUGUUACUGCCCUGUCGAGUAAGUAA